AAGCCCUCGCGGCCUCCACGCGUCGCCGUGGCAACGCGGGGUCUGUGUCGUCCCGGAUUGGCCGGGUCCAUCGCGCGCGGAGCCUGUUGGGAGAGCACGUCCCCGCCGCGGCUCCACCGGUUUGAACUUGGCGGGCCUGAUGUGGGCGGCGGGGCGGAGGCGGCCUGCUUCUACCCCAGUCUCCAGCCAGCCCUCCGCCGACUCCAGGCCCGGGUCUCGGCCUUCCUCUGGCUCUUUCCCAGGCGUCCCGACGGGCGCGCGGGAGCAGGGCCUGGCGGCGGUGGCGAUGUCUGAGUGCUCGCUGUCGCCGCCACAGAGCUGUAGCAACUCCACCUUGUCGCUGUUGUCGCCUCUUGGCCACCAGAGCUUCCCAUUUGACGAGGACGACGGUGACGGGGAGGACGAGGGAGACGAGGACGAAGAUGCCCCUGACUCAGAGGCCAAGGUGUCGAGCCUGAGAGGACUGGAGUUGCAGGGGUGCGCCAGGAACUCUUGGCCUGUGGCAGAGAUGGGCAACAAUGAGGUUGAAUCAGAAGAUAACCAAAAAGAACAGAAACAGGUGUUCUUACAAGAAAGUAGCCUGACACCAUGGGAGGUGUGGUUUGUUGGCAAAGAAAAAGAAGAACGUGACCGGCUACAACAGAAAGCUCUAGAGGAAUUAAAUCAACAACUAGAAAAAAGAAAAGAAAUGGAAGAACGUGAAAAAAGAAAGAUAAUUGCUGAAGAAAAGCACAAGGAAUGGGUUCAGAAAAAGAAUGAACAGAAAAGAAAAGAAAGGGAAGAAAAAAUUAAUAAAGAAAUGGAAGAAAAGGCAGCAAAGGAACUGGAGAAAGAACAUUUGCAAGAAAAAGCAAAAGAAAAAUAUCAAGAAUGGUUAAAGAAAAAAAAAGCUGAAGAAUGUGAGAAGAAGAAGAAAGAGAAGGAAAAAGAAAAACAACGACAAGCUGAAUUACAGGAGAAAAAGGAAACAGCAGAAAAAAAGUUUAAAGAAUGGUUGGAAAAUGCAAAAAAUAAACCUCGUCCAGCUGCAAAGAGCUAUGGUUAUGCCAAUGGAAAACUUACAGGUUUUUACAGUGGGAAUUCCUAUCCAGAACCAGCCUUUUGUAAUCCAAUUCCAUGGAAACCAAUUCAUAUGCCCCCUCCCAAAGAAGCUAAAGAUCUGUCUGGAAAGAAGAAUAAAAGACCUGUGAUAAGUCAGCCAGAGAGGGCAUCAUCUGUGAUAAUUCAUAAAGCCAGAAGCAAUCUUUGCCUUGGAACUCUAUGCAGAAUACAAAGAUAGUAUACAUGGGAAACUUCCAAGUACCUGAAAGUGUUUCACCUUUAAACCGUUCAGUUUCUCAGAGAAGAAAGAAGCUUCUAAUCUGGGGGAUAAAAGCCCAGUGCCAGUAUUUCCAGGUAGGGUCAGGGAGGCUGGUUCUGUAUAUUAUAGUUUGUUACAUAAAUUCAUGUUACCUGUGUUCCAGUCUGGUGGGUGCAUAAACUCUACUCUUCUUGGGACCUGCAAACUCCAUACACAGAGCCCUUCCAGAGCUCUGUAGGCUGAGUCAGUUCUUCUUUGUUUGCUUAGUAUCUAUUUCAGUAUGGAAACUUUUAGGUGUAGAGGAGAACAGGAAGGGGAAAAAAGCACCAGGGAAAGAAAGUCAAUUUUAAAAGAAGAAAAAGAUAUUGCAACUAUCAUAAUAUCCUUAAAGUUGAGAAAGAUUCUACAUUCAUUCCAACUCCUCACUCAUACUUCACCUCCAUCUACUUUCUACCUUCCCCAAGUCUGUUAGAAUCUUUGGUUAACCAUUGUAUUCUCUUCUGUUCUCUUUGCUCCUGUGGAUUUGUACCUUUUUUCUUAAAGGAAAUCCUUUGCUGUCAUUUUAGCAGGAAUUGGGAUAGAAAAGGAGAUAUUUGUGCGUAAUUUCUCUGCUGUUUAUUUAACAUCUUAAGUUUAUUUGCAAAUCUAUUGAUGUAAGGUGCUUGCAGGAGUUUACUACCGGCAAGUCAUUAAGUUUAGGCAUAGAUGUUUAGACCCCGUUGAUUUAGUGUAAUUAUUGAAACCAUGGAGAUGAACAGCAUUUGGAAGGAGAGUCUGAAGCAUAACAUUCUCUCAUUCAUUCAUUCAGCACAUGUUUACUAAGUGCCUACCAUGUGCUGCCAAGGAGAACUGGACUAGGAUGGAACAUAGGGAAAAAGAGACUAAAGGUAAGGCAGAGGGAGAGCAAUGAAAACAGUGGUAGGACAGGAGGAGAGUGUUCCCACAGCGAGAAGUGAAACUUUCAGGAAGAGAGAAUUAAAAGUUUUCUAUACUAUCAGAUGCUGCUAAGAUUCUGGGGGAAUGAAUGAGGCCUUCUAGUAGUUAACUAAAUUCUGUUUUUAGGGGCCAGCGCCAUGGGUCAUUUGGUUAAUCCUUUGCCUGCAGUGUCGGCAUCCCAUAUGGGUGCUGGGUUCAAUCGUGGUUGCUCCUCUUCCAGUCCAGCUCUCUGCUGUGGCCCAGGAGGGCAGUGGAGGAUGGCCCAAGUGCUUGCCUUGGGCCCCUGCACCCACAUGGGAGACCAGGAAGAAGCACCUGGCUCCUGGCCUCGGAUCGGUGCAGCGCCGGCCGUAGAAGUCAUUUGGGGAGUGAACCAACGGAAGGAAGAUCUUUCUCUCUCUCUCUCUCUCUCUCUCUCUCUCUCUCUCUCUCUCUCACUGUCUGCAACUCUACCUGUUUUUAAAAUUACUUUGAGAGACAAGAGACAGAGCUCCUGUCUGCUGGCUCACUCCCCAAAUUCUGGAAUUGGCCGUGGCUGAGGCUGAGGUAGGCUUACAUCAAGAACUGAGAACUCAGUCCAGGUUCCCCACAUAGGUGCCAGGGUCCCUGCAACUUGAGCCAUCACCUGCUGCCUUUCAGGGUACACAUAUGCAGGAAGCUGGAAUCAGCAGAGCUGGGAAUCUCGCAUGGACACUCUAGUAUGAAAUGUGGGCAUCCCAGCUGGUGUGUUAACUGCUAGGCCAAAUAUUCGCCCCUGUUUAUUGAAUUCCUAACAUUAUAUUAGAUUCUUGGGAUUGUGAUAGAUAAGAUCUACCUAAUCCCUGAGCCUGUUAGAGUUUACAUUCUAGCAGAGAUGACAAAAUCUUUCCCUUUAAACACAAGUCAUGAGGGCAUAUGAGGAGGUAGCUAACCUUUGUAGGGUUUAGGAAGUGCUUCCAGGAGGAAGUGAUUAAGCUGAGACUCUGGCUUGAGGCACUCAAAUAAACAAAACAUUAUUUAAUCAUUAUGGAAGCUAGAGGGUAAGGAAUGGGCUGAAAACAUGGGUGGUUCCAUGUGUAACCUUUCUUUAGAAUACCAAGGACAAGGGGAUACUAUAGCUUUUAAACAUCAAAGGACUUAGAGGGCUUGUAUAUACUGACACAUUACUACAAAGUUAUAAAGGAAAUUUCUAAAAUCUUGGUUGUAAAGAACAUCUAAAGUAUUCCAUGGGAAAAUAUACCUUGAGGUUCGAUGGCAAAAAUACACCAUCCAUGGCCCCAGAGUCUGAAGUAAUAUAGAUGAAAUGAGGCUAUUUAUUUUAAAAAUACAUUGCUAGUGAUGUCAUUAGCAAUUCAAAGUUUGAACAUUCAUGGAUUUGCUUAUUUUAUCUAUGGCCCAGGUGAACAACAAGGUGUAGAGAAAUUUACAUUGCACUAACAAAUUAUACUUGCAUUAUCAAAAAAAUAUAGCAAAUAAUAUUCAUGUGUUUGCUGUGCCCAUUGGUUUCCUAAAUUCAUAUGUCGGCUUGAGAAAAAAAAAACACAAAGUUACUAUAGAAAGAAUAUUUACCUACUGCUAUUGAUAAUGGCAGUCUGCCUGAGAGAGAAAACUUUUCAGAAAAGGCAGUGGUAUCUUGAAUUUCCUCUUAAAAUAGAGAAAAUACUUCAUUAUCUGUCAUCUGGGAGAAAGCUGUGCCUUAUGUGCAAGAGAAAAAGAAAGGAACACACUGCCCUUUCCUUUCCUAGAAGCCACAGAAAGCCCCUCCUUUCCCUUUUCCCGUUCCUGUGCCCUUGGCUGAUGGAACUGACGGGAGAACUUGAGAAAAGGAGGCAGCCUGCCCUUCCCCCAGUCUCAUGCCCUGGGAAUCACCGGAGGGUCAGAAAGAGAUGGGAGCUGUCCUUGUUUGUCUCCGUGUGGCCGCCCUGGGUGGAGUGGGAGUGGAAUGUUUUCUUAGUUUGAAUGAAUUUACCCUAACAACCAUCUAACCGCCCACCUGUCUACAACUCCCAUUUCCUCUGCCAAGGGCUCUUCUCCCUUGGUGUGGGCUGAGAUGCAGAAGUCAGGCAUCACUCAUGUCCAAGGUAAAAAAAGUCUGUCAGUGAAACAGCAAUGCUUCCCAAUUUUCUUCAUUUACUGGAGGUUAGACUAGAUGAUCUCGAAGGCCCCUUUCUACUCCAUUAUUUUGUGUGGUUCAUUUUUGUAUUUUUAAUAUAAAGAUAUUGUUCACCAUUUAUCUCUUGUAAGGGCAGUGGGGACAUCAUUUCCCUUUUAAAAGGUGAGCAUGAUCUACUCAACAACUGACUUCAGGAAAUGUUCUGGAAUGCCCAGCUCAAGACAGCAUUAAGACUCACCUGAAGCCGCCGCCUGCAAUGCUGGCAUCCCAUAUGGGUGCUGGUUCAAGUUCCGGCUGCUCCACUUCCCAUCCAGCUCUCUGCUAUGGCCUGGGAAAGCAAGUCCUUGGGCCCCUGCACCCACGUGGGAGACCUGGAAGAAGCUCCUGGCUCCUGGCUUCAGAUCGGUGCAGCUCCAGCCAUUGCAGCCAAUUGGGGUGUGAACCAGAGGAUGGAAGACCUCUCUCUUUCUCUGCCUCUCCUUCUCUCUUUGUGUAACUCUGACUUUCAAAUAGAUAAAUAAACAGAUCUUUAAAAAGAAAAAAGACUCACUUGAGUUUUAAUACAUGUUCUGUGGGAACUUAGACAAGACUCUUAUCCUUUCUAAGCCUGAAAAAUGGACUCUGAAAAUGGGCUUAUUAGGGGCUGGCAAUAUGGCAUAGUAGGCUAAGCCUCCGCCUGCAGCGCCGACAUCCCAAAUGGGCUCCAGUUUGUGUCCCGUUUGCUCCUCUUUCAAUCCAGCUCUCUUCUUAUGGCCCAGGAAAGCAGUUGAAGAUGGCCUAAUUGCUUGGGUUCCUGUACCUGCGUGGGAGACCUGAAAGAAGCACCUGACUCCUGGCUUCGGAUUAGCCCAGCUUCAGCUGUGGCAGCCAUUUGAGGAGUAAACUGGCAGAUGGAAGACUUUUCUUUCUGUCUCUCCCUCUCUCUGUCCAUAACUCUACUUCUCAAAUAAAUAAAUAAUUGGCUUAAUAAUACUUAGUUCAGGGGCUGGCACUAUGGCAUAGUGGGUUAAGCCACUGCCGCCUGAAGCAGCAGCAUCCCAUAUGGGUGCCAGUAGUAGUCUUGGUUGCUCUACUUCCAGUCUGCCUCCCUGCUAAUGCACCUGGUAAAGCAGUGGAAGAGAGCCCAAUUGCUUGGGCCCCUGCACUCACAUGGAGAGACAAAGAUGAAGCUCCUGACUUUAGUUUGGUCCAGACCUGACUGGGAUGGAGUUUGAGGCUCCUGGCUUUGCCCUGGCCCAGCCUGGCACUGCAGAUAGUGGCUUUCAAAUAAAUAAAUUUUAGAAAAAGAAAUGAGCACAGAUAGGCACAGUGAGAAGGUGGCUUGAAAAUAGGGAGAGAAAGGCCGGCGCCGCGGCUCAGUAGGCUAAUUCUCUGCCUUGCGGCGCCAGUACACCGGGUUCUAGUCCCAGUCAGGGCACCGGAUUCUGUCCCGGUUGCCCCUCUUCCAGGCCAGCUCUCUGCUGUGGCCCGGGAGUGCAGUGGAGGAUGGCCCAAGUGCUUGGGCCCUGCACCCCAUGGGAGAUCAGGAGAAGCACCUGGCUCCUGGCUUUGGAUCAGCGUGGUGCACUGGGUGCAGCGGCCAUUGGAGGGUGAACCAACGGUAAAGGAAGACCUUUCUCUCUCUCUCUCUCUCACUGUCCAUUCUGCCUGUGGGGGGGGGGGGGAGAGAAAAGAAAAUAGGGAGAGAAGAGGGGGCCAUGGAGAAAAAUUAGAGUUGUAUUAACUAGAUGGAAAAAGUCUUUGAAACAGAUACACUAAAUAACACUAUGAAGGGAGAAUACAAAUCAAAAGGGAAGGUUUGACACUCUAUGAUAAAGGCUGAAGAAUGCAUUUAAAAAUCAAAACUAUUCUAAGGCAGACAGACUAGGAGGCUGCAGUAUGAGUUGUAAAGGGAAGAAAAUUUGCACUUCUGUCUUUAUUUAUUUGAAAGGCAGAGUUAUGGAGAGAGAAGGAGAGACAGAUCUCCCCAAAUGGCCACAAAGGCUGGGAGUGGACUGAUCCAAAGCCGGGAGCUGGGAGCUUCUUCCGGGUCUCCAACAUGGGUGCAGGAGUCCAAGCACUUGAGCCAUCUUUCACUGCUUCCCCAGGUGCAUGCAGGGAACUGGAUCAGAGUGGAGCAGGGAAGACUUGAAACAGUGCCCAUAUGGGAUGGUAGCACUGCAGGGAGUGGCUUAACCCACUGUGCCACAGUGCCAGCCCUAGGAUGCCUGUCUUUUAAGGAUUGAGAGCCUUUAAAAAAAAAAAUCAGUAUUUAUUUGAAAGGUAGUUAGAGAGAAUAAGACAGAAAGAGAGGUCUUCCAUCCACCAUUUCACUCCCCAAAUGGUCGCAAUAGCCAAGGCUAAGCCAGGUUGAAGCCAGGAGCCAGGAAUAUCAUCCUGGUCUCAAAUAUGGGUGCAGGAGUCCAAGCACUUGAGCCAUCUUCUACUUUCAGGCCAUUAGCAGGGAGUGGGAUUGGAAGUGGAGCAGCCAGGACUCCAACCAGUGCUCAUAUGGGAUGCUAGCAUAGCGGUUGGCAGCUUAACCUGCUGUACCACAAUACCAGCCCCAUGGAGAGUCUUUAAUGUAAUCAAUUGUUUGGAUUUUUUGCAUAAAUUCUCCAUAUGAAUUCCAUGAGGGGAAUCCAGGCAUAUGUGAUUUUCUCUAGCGAGGUUGUUUUCCUUAAUUAGAUUUGAUGUUUUGUUCAUAAAACUCAUGUAAGUUGUCUUGGGCUGCAUUUAUGGAGAGUUGUUUCUCACAUUUCCUAAGAAUAAAAUAGAAGAAUUAAUUUUUAAAAAAUUAAAGCCUUAUUAUAUAAGAUUCUUUCCUCUGAGAAACCAACACUGCAACAGGAUUAGUCUUGUCAGAGAGAUUACUUGGGUGCAAACUUGUGAGGAAAAACAGGGAGGGAGCCAGAAGGAGGCCAGGAAAGCCAUCAGACCAUGAGAGUGGUGGAAUAGAGAGGAAAGGGGGAUAAGUUGGGUAGGAAGAGUCUUAGAUGGCAGUACAACUCUAAGAAAAAUUCAACAAGGCUGAUGAUGAAUUAUUUUAAAAGAUUUAUUUGUUUGAAAGUUAUAGACAGAGGGAGAGAUCUUCCAUCCAGUAGUCCACCACCCAGAUGGUUACAAUGGCCAGCACCAGGACAGACCAAAAGCAUGAAGCUUCAUCCAGGUCUCCCACAUGGAUGGCAGAGGCCCAGACACCUGGGCCACCCUCUGCAGCCUCUCCCAGGCCACUAGCAGGAUCAGAAGUAGAGCAGCCAGGACACAAACUGGUGCCCAUAUGGGAUGCCAGUGUUACAGGCAGUGGCCCCAGUGAUGAUGAAUUCUUUAUCCAGAAUUACCCAUCAGAGGGCCCACUUCUUGCAUUUAUGGGCCUGCCUAGGAAUCUUUGUUAUUAUCAGUCAUUGACUAGAAGCACAGGGGAGGAGGAUCUCACCUAGAACACAAUGGUAGAUUCAGAGCAUGGCAUCUGGGACCUGCAGACAGUUAAGUUUCUGACAGCAGAUUGGGAAGCCCAUUUCUAUAGCUGUUACACUUACCUACACUUCCACAGUCUUACAUAGUUGAUACUUUCCUCAAGCAUUAAUGUCGCAAAGUUAUUGAAAAGGAGCAUGUAACACUGCAUUGCUGUAUGUCUUAAAAAGCACUUUUUAUUUGCAGCCCAAGGCUAUCUAUGGUACAGACUGGACUCCACUCUUGUUUUCCCAGGUUUUAGAGGCAUACGGGGUGAGGGUAGAAUGUGAGUGGCCCACCCUGGGAGUAGGCAAUAAGGGUGUAAUUUAUCUGUAGAGAAUUUAUAAACAAUAAAACCAACUAAAACAUGUUCUGCUUUUUAUUAUCACCAUGUGCUGGCAACUCUAAGUGAUGUCUGAUAAAUAUUCUCCCUAACCAAGGCAGACUGCUCCUCCCACCCUCCCACCCUCCACCACCACCACCGCCACCACCACCACCAUAUACUACCGACAGGUCUCCUUUGUUUUUAAUUUGCACCCAUGGAAGUGGGCUAAAAAAUUCAGUUUUUCUCUUUUUCCCUUCAGAUUCCUGAGUUGCAUGUGUUUCAGAGCAUCUUUGGAGAUGCUAGAUGUUGGAAGGCUCUGCUGUACAGUAUUAUGUGGUUUCCAAAGGGGAAGAAAUUGCUUUCUUAAAAAGUGGGUCAGGGAAGCCCUCUAGAGACCAGCACUAGAUUUUGAAAGUUGGUAGAUUUUGGCUUGGCAGACAGGAAGAUGGUAGGCUUGCAAGCUGGAGAUAAAGAGGACAGAGGAAAUGCAAUAUAUAUUUGAGAAGCUAUGAAUAGACAAAAACAACCAGUGUCAUGAGGGAUGUGAGAAAUUUCAUGAGUACAAAAGUACACUGGAACCAGAAUUUUAAGAUUUUUGAAUGCUAAAGAGUAUAUAGUUACUUAAACAUGGUUAAGUAGUUUUGAGUAGGGAAGUGACCCAAAGAAAGCUGUAGUGGGUGCAACAUGGAGCUGGUUAGAGGUUACUUCAGGGGAACCCAAGAAAGUCAUCCUACAUAUCAGGAUCAAGAUCUGAACAAGGGUAGUGGAGGGGAAUUUGGAAAGAAACUGAUCCAAGAGAUACGAAAGAAACUGCAUCUCAAACUCAUUGUAUGAGACUGAAAUUGCCUUCCCUCCCAACAUCUGCUCAUCUUGUCUUCUUACUCAUUCAUCUUAACUACAUUCAGCAGAUACAUGUUGAGUGUCUGCCACUGUCCAAGGGCUGGUUGAUGGCUCAGCUUUCCCAGGUGUUCUCUGAUAGAAACCUGCUUUUGUCCAUCCAUGAUGCCUCUCCCACAUUCUCACCUUUGGUCGGUGACAGAUUUCUAUUGACUGACCUUAUACACUAAGUUGCUGAUUCCUCUGGUAUUCUGCACAUCACAACCAACUGAGUGAAAUUCCAAAGGCCAGCAGGACAUCCCAGAUCAGUCAAAUCAGAAGACUCUUUUGAAGCCUUCCAAAAUGGCUCCAGUGUGUAAAUUUGGUCAUCAAUGUCUUAGGUAUCUUUUUUUUUUUUUAAAGAUUUAUUUAUUUGAAAGGCAGUGUUACACAGAGAGAGGAGAGGCAGAGAGAGAGAGAGAGAGAGAGAGAGAGAGAGAGAGAGAGAGAGAGAGAGAGAGAGAAAUCUUCCAUCCGCUGGUUCACUCCCCAGAUGGUUGCAACGGCCGGAGCUGUGCUGAUCCGAAGCCAGGAGCCAGGUGCUUCUCCUGGACUUGGGCCAUCCUCCACUGCACUCCCGGGCCACAGCAGAGAGCUGGCCUGGAAGAGGGGCAACCAGGACAGAAUCCGGUGCCCCGACCGGGACUAGAACCUGGGAUGCCGGUGCCACAGGCAGAGGAUUAGCCUAUUGAGCCUCGGCGCCGCCCUGUACUCAUUCUCACUUGGAUAUGGCACCAGCUACCUAUGUGAUCACUAGACUUCUAAUCUUAUUUCCGUCCUUUUUAUCCUCUGCACAACAACCUACUGACCUCCCAGAAAUGCAAAACUGACGAUGUCACUGCUCUGCUUCUGACUCCUUCGAGGCUCCCCCACAUACAACAUUCCUUCUUAAUACUUUUUCUCUCUCCUGUCUCCACAAUAUUCACUAGCAUACACACAUCCUUCAGAAGUUUGUGUUCAUGAUGAUUUUCGAUGUUUGGGAGCAUCCCCCCAAAGGAACAGUGUCAGGGUAUUGGAGGAGGAUUCAGAUGGUCUGUGAGGCUUGAAACACACUUUCUCUCCACCACCAUCACACACACACCCCUUUUUUUCCCUGGCCCCUUUUCCCUAUUCUGAUUUGUGGUUUCCUACUAUGGGAUUCAAACCCCAAGAUAAAAGUCAGCACCAGUUUUUACCGAGUCUAUCUCCCUAAUGUUUCAUCUAUCUGUAUCUUGCUAUUUUUGCUUCAUGUACUGCAGACUUCUGAAAGCGUCCAGUUCUCAUCUUUUAUGCCUUUGCUUGUUUCUCCUCUCUCACAAUGCCACCCCUUUUACCUUCUCCAUUGCUUUCAUUUGAACUAACUUGAAGUUUUGGAAGGAACCCAUAAGGCUCAACUAAGGGGUUUCCUGUAUAAAGCCUUCUCUGAUUCACUAUUCUAGCUGGAUUGGGACCCUUCUUUCAUUAUCAAAGUCUCUGUGUAUUUUUCUCAUUAUUCUUCAUAUGUAAUACUAUAAUUAGCUAUUUAAUGGUUCUGUUUGCUGUUCUCUAGAUUUAAAAUUUUUAUUAUGAUAGUUUUAUUUUACUUGAUAUGAGGUUUUGAACCCAAGUAAUUGAAAGUGUCUUUAUGAUUAACAGCAGCUAUAAUAAAAUAUCAGUAUCAGGCCCUGGAAGAUACUUUUAAAUGGGACUUUAUAUUGGAGAUUGUACAAAGUCCCAUUUAAAAGUGUGUAUAUAUAUAUGUGUGUGUGUAGUGAAUUGUAAGAGGGGCUAUCUGUGUAAAGGGAAUUAUUUCAGCAUGUUCUAGAAAUAUGAAAUUAUAGGCCUGCACUGCGGCUCACUAGGCUAAUCCUCCGCCUGCGGCGCCGGCACCCCAGGUUCUAGACCCGGUUGCUCCUCUUCCAGUCCAGCCUCUGCUGUGGCCCAGGAAGGCAGUGGAGGAUGGUCCAAGUACUUGGGCCCUGCACCUGCAUGGAAGACCAGGAGGAAGCACCUGGCUCCUGGCCUCAGAUCGGCGCAGCGCGCCGGCUACACCACUCCGGCUGUGGCGGCCAUUUGGGGGUAAAUCAACGAAAGGAAGACCUUUGUCUCUGUCUCUCUCUCUCACUAACUCUGCCUGUCAAAAAAAAAAAAAAAAAAAAAAAAAAAGAAAGAAAAAGAAAGAAAGAAGUAUGAAAUUACAGUGCAUGCUUAAGAAUCUAAUAGAGAAGAUAGGUAGAAGCCUUAAGGGAAAGAUACAGAAAGAAAAACACAAAGGACAAAAAGCUGAUCAUUAGGUAACACCUGCCUUCAGGACACAUAAAGAGAUUAAGAGAUGCCAGUUAAGAGGACAGAAGAUUUGCAGAAGCACAACCAGUAUAGUGUCAUGAAAAUUAUAGCAAAGAAUGCUGUAAGAGGUAGGGAGUUAGGCCAGUACUCCUGGGGGCACUCAGACAGCGAGUGGUCCUGAAAAGUUCCUCGCAGCUGUGACUCCAGUUCUGGGAAGCAACAUCCACUGAAGAGAAAUCUGAAUUUCCAAGGAGUCAAACUGGAUAAAUUUAAGGAGACCCCAACCCCUUUAGCUAUAACCUGAACCCAAGUGGUUCUUGGCCUUUUUAGAACUCAGAACCUUUUGAUAAUCUGAUGAAAUCUAAUGAUGCUAUCUUCAGAAAAAUGCACAUAGGCACACACACACACACACAUACACACGUAUUCAAUUUUGCAUACAAUUUCUGCUGGCUCAUUCUACCACCACUACCAAGCCACCCUCAUUCAAGCCUCUACAGGGACCCCACAUGCACACACAUGGUUCCACUGUCAGAUACCAAAGCCUGCUUGAGUGGUAAGGACAGGUGACAUACUUGAGGAUUAAAAUCUAUUUCCUCUUGCUCAAAUCUGAGCAGGUCUAAACCUGUGGAGGCCUUAGAAGAAAUCCUGUAUUUUGCUUUACCCUUCUAAGGCGCAAUAGCCUGAAUAGAGGUAUUUGGUGCUUCCAAGACACACAGCCUGCCAAUUGAACAUUUCUUGAAUUCCUGUCUAUUGACUAAUCAAGUCCCUAACCUGAGGCCUGCUAGCCUUUGUGCUUCUCCAAGCCUUGCCUUCUGAAAAGGCCUUGAGAAUUUUAACAAGCACUAUAACUUACCUCAUUUCCACCUGUCUUGUUUUUGACUUCCACUUACUGUAAAUGACACAUCCUCAUUUUUCCCCGAACUUCAGAGAGCAAUGAAAACAUUCUGGCUUGUAGAAAUAGAAAAAUGGCUUUUUAAAUUUUUAUGAGAAAAAAACAGAAUUACAGUCAACUUUUGUCAUGCCCAGCCCAAGAAAAGAGUAGUGGGAAAUUCAAAGCACUGGGAAAAAACAAGUAGUAACUAUAUUUGAUUAUAAUUUAUAUUAUGAGGUUAUUUUUGGACAUAUUUUCUGAUUUCAUUUACUUUGCAUUGGCAUAGAAAUGUUUUGUAUGGAGAGUAGAAAUGGACUAUGGCAAAUGACUUGAGAUUCAAAAUCUCAAAAUUGGUUGAUCCAUAUAUGUUAUUAGUAAUUGAGACUUGCUAUCAUUUCAAGAGAGAAUUUAGAAUUUUCAAGAUUUCUUAAAGUGGAAUAUGAACUUUGAGUAAAAAAAAGUAGUAUAUACAAAAGAGCUUCAGCCUAGUAAUAACUGUUGUGGUCAGUUGCAUAUUUGAUUUUUAAAGGCCUAUGAAUCUGGAUAAUAAUGCUGCUUCUGGGCGGGUGUUGCAGAACAGCAGGUUAAACCACUACGUGGGAAGCCUGUAUCCCAUUUUAGAGUGCUGGUUUGGGUACUGAUUACUUUGCUGCUGAUCCAGCUUCCUGCUAAUGCACAUGGGAAGGCAACAGAAGGUGACACAAGUACUUGGGUCCCUGCCACCCAUAUAGUGGAUGGAGUUCUGGGCUCCAGAUUUUGGCCUGACCUAACCCCAGCUGUUGCAGGCAUUUGGAAGUAAACUGGUGGAUGGAAGACCUCUCUUACUCUCUGUCUCUCUUCCCUCUGUCACUCUACCUUUCAAAUAAGUUAAUAAAUAAGUCUUUCUUUCAUUAAUGCUACCUCAUUUCACAAGAUUUUUAAGAUGACGAGCUGCUCUGUAUGGUGCUAUGGUGUUGGAUUACUUAAUUACAUUUUUCAAAACCCAUAGACUUGCACUCAACACUAGUGAUUUUUAUCAUAUGCAUAUAAAAAUCAUGCAUAAAAUACGUAGAAAAAUCAACCAGGAUGUCAGUGGAAUCCAGGAUGAAAUGCAGACUGUGACAAAUUAAUCUUAACUCUAUUACAAAUAUAGGCUCUUUAAAGGAUGUGGGAAAGAAUGGAGUGGUCCUGAGUAUAUAUGGAAAACAGUGUUUUGUCAAGAGAGUGUAAGGAUCUAGAAGGAAAGACUAACGAACUAUCACAGACUGGAGGAGACUAAAGAGACAACUCAUCGCCAUGUGGUAUCCUGGAUUGGAUCCCGUAGUAGAAAAAGGCCAUUAGUGGAAAACCUGGGUAGAUCUGAAUAGAGCCUGAAGUUGAAGUAAUAGUGUUAUGUCAAUGUUAAUUUCUUAGUUUUGAUAAAUAUAUCAUGGUUAUAUAAAUGUUUAUAAAUACUUAUAUGUUAAUGCAUCAUGGUUGUAGGUAAGGGGAAGAUGAAUAAAAGAUACAUGGGAACUCUCAA